UAAUGUGCGAUGAUAGGAUAGGAAGUGUUUCGUGAAACAAUAAUGGUUGAAAUUUUAUUUUUGUUUCUGGCUAGAGAACUAUUUACUUUCAAGUGACUCGUGUUUCAGUGGUUUAUAAUUUGUCUGUGGAAAUGCAUUAAGUUUGCCACUAAUGCCCCACUGUUCUGAAUAAGGCUCGAGGAAAGUACGAAGAAAGAUAGUAAAGAAGGAAAGUAAGGAAAUUAAAGAAGGAAAGAUUAAGGUAUUAGGUACUUAGGCCUAGUCCUACAAAAUACUGAAAAGGUUUGUUUUGACGAAGACCAGUGGAAAUUAGCCAUUGAAUUAAUGAAGCGCAUAGGACAUUGAAUUUAGAGUGCCAAUUCUGUACAAAUUUUCAAGUUAAUGAAUAACGGUCUAAGAAAUAUGUUUGUCCAAUCAGAUACUGGUCUCAAAUUAAAGAAUUUAUACUAAUCUGAUAAAAAUUAUGUGGUCUGUGUGGGAAGAAGUGAUUGGUGUGAGUGUAACAAAAUGGAUGAUGGGGAAGUUAUUUUGAUUGCUCCAGAUAAUAAAAAUCAAGAUGGUUCUCAGACAUAUUUCAUUUUAGACCCUUGCUCUUCAGAGGAUUGUGUUGAUGGUCCUACCGGUAUAGAACUUAUUGAUUUAACAGACGAUUAUAAAGUCAAGAAUACAGGAGCAAUUGCAGUUGUAUCUACGAGCAGUUCUGGUGCUUUAGAAAUCACACUGAAGAAACCAAAAGAAGAAAUGGAUCCUAAAAACCUAUCUGAAAUGGAAGAAAUUGGUUGGGAGGUUACAACCAAUAGUGAGAGUGAUCCUAUUAUUGAUAUGAUUACUGAUGAUGACACAGUGCAUCAUGUAAAAGACGAAGAGGAUGUUGACGUUGAAGAAAUCACCAUUCAUGACCCAAGUGAUAAAAGUAAACCAAAAGGUGAACCUGAAUUAAUUGACAUAAGCGAAGCGGAGGAAGUUCAACAAGAAAGCCAGAAUGAUCAAGAUGAUGACCCUGAAGAAGAUGUUCUGUUUAUUGAUGAUGCUAAGUAUACUGAACUGCAAGAUGAAGUUGCUCCUGAAAGUAUGCAAGAACUCAACAACUUAAAAGAACAUGUAAUUCAACAGAUAGAGGGCAAAAGAGAAGAAGAUACCACAAAUAAAGUUUCAGUGAAUUCAGAAAAUGCCACGCUAGAUGACAGUGGUGAUGUUAAAAUAAUAGAUGUUAUUGAGAACAAGGGAGAUAAACUGGAAAAUGUUAUCACAAUGUCAUUUGAUAUUGUAUCUGGUCCAGUUACUUCAAAAACAUUGAACCAAACUGUAAAUUCUCAAGAGGCUAUUGUUCAUGGCCAGGUGUUUGAAAUACCAUCUGAAAAUAAAAAUGUUAAUGAGAAUGAAAAGGAAUUAACUGAUAGUACAAAUACCGCAUUAACUUUGCUAGAAUUAGCUGGAAGCACAGGUGCAACUCUUACGAACAUAGACAUUAAAUCAGAUAAUAUUUUAAUCUCAGAUAGCUCAUCAGUUCAAGAAAAUAAUGCUCACGUGGAAGAAACUGAAAUUGAUCCAAAUGAACCAACAUUAACUACUCUUCAACCUGUUCAGCUUGACACUACAAUGCAAAGCACCAUUACCUCUGAAACUUCUUUUUCUAAAGCAAGUGAUACACAAUGUGCAAUUCCUAACCCUUCCUCAAAAACUAAAACUGAUGUCUCGUCGGCACCAAAAACGCCAAUUUCUAGAACAUCUGAUGAUGUAUUACAACGAUUAAGGGAUGGGGAUACCCCAAGACAACUGAUGGGGAAGGAAUCUGGAAGACGAGGUAGAGAUGUCAUUUACAUGAGUCCCAUGGUGACUCAGGCAGAAAUUGCUCAAGAGUUCAUGGACAGACAAUUGCAGAAAAAUCCAUACACAGAACCUACUGGAGGAGAUUAUUUGUUUGCCAUGAAACUAACACAUAGAUUAGCAACCAAGAUUGCACCCUCUGGGACAACUGUACAGCAGCCUGAAGAAACAACUAAUGAAACAAAAGAAGAUGGUGACAUUACAGCUAACUCCCAAAAGAGUUUAUCUUCAGAAAACAACCUUAAGCCUAUUUCAAAUACUGAGAUUGUAAAAGAGGCUAAGAAAAACUAUGCAAUAUCUGAUAAGAUUGAACUUUUAAAAAUUUUAGAAGAUGAUCCUGAUGACCCCAUUUCUUCCACAGAUGAAAGUCAAAUUGUUUUAGAGCAGAAGGUAAAGUCAGAUAGAAAGAGACUGUCAAACGCUCCUUUGAUAAGGAUGAACCCAGAAUUGGAAAAAGAAUUGGCAUUAAAACAGUUGCAAGAUUUCAGUCAAGGAAGUGAACGUGGAAAAAAGAAAGUCAGUUUUAGCCCUGAUAGAAAAAUUAAAUUAGAGAAAGGUCAAGAAAGAAAUAAUAACCUUAAUUCUCUAAAGAAAACUACCAAUGUAACUAGAAAGAGACGUAGUGAAAUUUUAGCUCAACCUUUUAAGAAAAUAAAAAAAGAAGCUGUUAAAUCUGUUAAUGCAGCUCCACAGCUAAUAACUGAAACGCUUAUUGUUGAAGGUCAGGCAAUUAGUGAUGACCUUUCCACAAAAGAUAGUAAAUCAUUAAAACAAUAUUCUAACAAAAGACUGUCGAGGAGCUCUGAAACUCCUCCUCGCCACUUACCUAUGGAUAUAGUGCUAAAUGGAAUUGAUGAUCUGCCCACAGAGGGUUCGUCAACUAAUAAAAUCUUUAAAGCUACUAAUCCAAGGAAAAGAAAAGCAGAGCUGCAAGAAAAGAGACAGAAACAAAUUGCUAAUGUGUUUCAAACAAACAAACCUCAGAAAAGGAGAGGAAGGCCACCUAAGAGAAAACCAUAUCCAACAAAUGAUGAAUUGAAUAAAGAGUUUCUUCUAAAGGCUACGUUGGAAACUAACAACGGAUUACACGAGAAUAAUCUAGAGAGUCCCAAUCAAAGUACAAUCCCUCCUGAUGCUGAAGAGAAACCUAUAAAAACAAAAAAAAUGAGAGAAAUUGAACGCCUUCUCGGGGAUGAAGGAGCUAUAAAUAUGCUUUACUCUAUAGAGCAAAAGAGGGCUUCUGGGGGGGAUUCAAAAAGAGGAAUGCUGCCCUCAUAUCGCAGAAAAAAGAGAGAUUUGAUUCUUAAAACCAAGCUUGUUAAAUCUGCCGUUUUACGGCAAACAACAAAUUCACCUCACCCAGUUGGAAGACUUUCUCUGCGCGGUCAAACCCCCAAAGAAGAGGUCAAAGAAGAGGAAUCAAGUGAAAAGGCAGCAUCUCGAAAAAUGUCUGUGGAUUCUCAUGAUUCCCACCACUCUCUUUCGUCUCCACCACCUGAGGCCUUCCCAUUCCCAGCAAAGAUUGUACCGGCAGAAGCUUCAAGAAUCAUUAGAAGGCAUUCUUCAAGCAGUAAUUACUCAAGUCGUAGUAACAGUCCACGGAGACAAAGUGUUGAUGGAGAACGAACUAUCAUUACCUCUCCAGGAGAAAAAAACAGUGAAGCUGAACAAAUAGAUUCUUCAUUUAUCAAUAACAGCAAGCAAAAACCAGUUAAAUCACCACAGCAUUUACUUGGAAAAUCUAUAAAAAGUCCUGACAACAAAUCUGAAAGAGAAACAGUAGAUAAAGCCAAGGAAAGUAACAAUAAAGAGCUUACUCCCCAAACUACUCCUGCUAUAGAAUCUAAGAAAACCCCAAUGUCCCUAAAGAACACCUCUAAGUUAGCUGAUAAAGUCGAAAUUCCGAGAAGAGGAAGGAGAAGAAUAUUUAUGACUAGCAAAAUGAAGAACCACUUACAAUUAAACACUUCACUUGCUGCUGCUGUUGAAGAUUUUGCUAAAGAAAAUAAAAGUGGUGGCAAAAACAUUCCAGUCGAGACUCCAAAAAAACUAUCCACAUCUGCAGUUCCUACUUCCAAAGCAGUAUACAAAAAGGCAUCAGAUAAAGUCAGGACCCCAAAGUCGUCCAAGGUUUACAAGGAGCUGACUUUGAAGAGACACGACCGAGUAGUCGAGAUCAGUUUGACUCCCGUCUCCACUAAACUGCAAAACGCAUUCAACGUCAAUGUGCUGCAGGAGUUGACCUCAGUGUUGACAGGACUGGCCAAAGAUGAAAACUGCCGUGUGGUUCUCAUAACAUCACAAGGCCCUGUGUUUUGUCAAGGAGUGGACUUUCCUGCCCUUAUCAAACCUACUCCAGAGCAACGGAAGGGUGCGGCGCUUUCGAUGGUUGUUGCCAUCAAAGAGUUGGUCAAGAGUGUGGCUGUCCUGUCUCGGCCACUAGUGGCGGCUGUGCAUGCUCCGUCUGUAGGUCUGGGGGUGACUCUGCUGCCUCUGUGUGAUAUGGUAUUGGCUGAUCAGAACGCUACUUUUCACACUCCCUACACCCGCCUAGGCCACGUACCGGAGGGGGCUGCAACACUAACUUUUCCCUCUCUUCUCGGGCCUGUUGCGACGAGUGAGUUGCUGUUUGCUUGUCGAAAGUUUACUUCCUCAGAAGCACAAAAGGCUGGUCUUGUAACUAGAGUGUUGCCUUCGGAAAACUUUCAUGAAGAAAUCCUGGCCAUCGCCAAGUCUCUGUCCACACAUUCCGCUCAGGCAAUGAAUGAGACCAAGAUGUUGCUGAGACACAGCCUACUGAUGGGAUUGGAGACUACACUGGUGUCAGAGGCUCAUCUAUUGACCAAACACUGGGUGACAGCCGAGUGUCAGGCUAACUUCACCUCUGCCCUAGACAAGGGAGAGUACGUUCUGGCUGCACCUUCUACCAGCACCAGCACCAGUGGAGAGUCCUCAAUCAAGGAUGGACCAAAGUAACCAGAGGAGACUGAAUUGAAAGCUGUACAUAAACUUAAGUGCAUUUUAAGUGUUUUAUUCUCUAACUAGUAAGGUAUUUUUAUAAUCAUAAGUAGUAAGUGUUUUGUUUUUAUAAAAUUUUAUUGGUUAUUGUUUAGAAGAUCAACACUACUAAGUUAAUAAUUUUGGAGACUAGCUGUUUAAAAUUUUUAUAAAAAACAUUAGGAUGAUCGCAUUUUAAUGUAAUCGUAAUGAGUAAUUUUGUAGGGAGUUUAGUUUUAGGCUUAUGAUUCAAAUCCUUUACAGGCUUUUCCACUUAUUCAAGAAAACAAAAUUUUAUCCAUUAAUUAGGGAGUUUUAGCUUCCUAGCCCAAACUAACAAUCACUUGAUAUAGGCUAUUCUUAUCCCUAAUACUCAUAAAUUUAAUCACAAUUUGAUGUUAUAAUAAAUUUGACAAAAAAGGUAGGCCUACCUAUUAAGUUAUUGAGUCUGAUGAAUUUGCUAUGUAUUCAACUUAAACUUUACAUACACCUAACUGCCUUUAUCUUAACAUUUGUUAUUUUGAAUCUUGCAGUGGCAAUGGUAGCUUAAAUUCUGUUAUAAAAUUGUUAUGCUAUAGAUAUAUCAAUGUUAUAACUUUUCAUGUUAACAUUUUAUUGGUUGUUACAUCUUGACGUUUGAUGUUGAAAAUGGGAAGACGUUCUGUACAGGUUUUAGCUUGAUACUGCUAACAUUUAAAGUAUUACUUUUUACAUACAAAUAUAUUCAAUUCAAGGUUUCCAUAUUUUACAAAAUAUAUACUGUAUCUAAUUUUGUAAAUGAGGUAUCGGGGGGGUUUUCAAGGCGGGAUUAAAAUUGAGUCUAUUUAGUUUGAUGAGUUUUGGUUUGUCACUUAAAAUUUAUAAUGUUAGAAAGGGGUUUAUUCUUUUUUAACAAAUCUAUUUCAUUGGAUAAACCUAUGCAUCAUUCUGUUGUAGGCGAAAGAAACAUAUUUUUGCAGGCAUCGGUUCUGUAAUUUAUUUAUCAUCAAGUAAUCUGACUUGAAAGUAGCUAGCUAAGGAUUCUUGGCGAGGAUAUUUCUAACUAUUUCUACCGACGAAUAUUAAGGAGUAGCUUAACUGAAAUGACCCAUCUAACGUGGGACAAAUGAACAUCUUAUCCUGGGAAAUUGAAUUAAAAUAGUACAGCUGCAUGGUUUCUAAACAGCCAGAUUUUUUAAAGCAAAUUAGAUAAAACAUACCAGAGUUUUUUUUUUCAGAAGUUUCGUUUGCUGUUCAUCACAAUGGCGUUUUGUUAUGUUUUAACAAUUUUAAUAAAACACAUUUAUUAUAAUAACUUCAAUUACAAAUACCAAUAAUAAAACAUAGCUAGGCAAUACAAUAAUUUUUACAGAAAUGUUUUCUUUCAUUAACAUUAGGUGAAAUUAAGGAACUUAACAAAAUCAAAAGGAACUUGCCUAGAAAGUCCUUAUUCUAUCAACAUCAACAGAUUUGAAAAAGUUAAAAAUGUUAUGUAUGAUUGUUUAUACUAGUAUUCAGUAUUUCUACAUUCAGAUUUCAUACAUUGAUUCCUGUACCUGGAAAAUUUAAAAAAUUGCAUACACCUUUCUGUUUUGAAUUGUUUUCUUUAGUUAUUUUUUUACCUACAAAAUUAAUUUUUGGUCAGUUUUUGUGUGAAUCAAUGAUUGUGCAAUCAUUUUUAUGUUGUUAAGCUUUAUAUGUAUUGUAAAUUAUUUCUAGCGAAUCAUUUGGAGUUUACAAUUAUUAGAUUUUUGAUGUAAAGACACUAUCUUGUUCUAGAGUAAUAUAUUUAAGAUACUUAUAUAUUCUUGUUUAUUUCACCAUCUUUUCUAUAAGACAACUAGUUGUGAUUUGUCUUCGUUGUUAGGAUUAAAUAAUUUUUGGAACACUUUAUUUUUAAAGAAUAAUUAAUAUUUUGGCAUUACUUUAUUUUUGAAUUUGUGUAGACCACAUUUCAUUUGAUGAAAUUCUAUCAAUUAAAAAUUAUGACUAUUUCGUUGCUUUUUUUGUGAUAACCUGAACAUUUUUUUUUAAUUGAUUAUUUUAUUUUCAAUCUUUCUUUAUGUAACUUGGCUUUAUUUACACACUUUAAUCGCAAUUGUGUCAGCUGGUAGUUUUACACCUUUGUUGUUGUUGUAACAUUUGUUGAUGUUGCAAAUUUUUGUAGGUCUCCAUUUAGCACCAUAUAUUUGGUUUGAAAAAUGUUAAUUUUUCAUUACAAAAAAUUGCCUUUUGCUGGUUUUUACAGACAGCACUACUAACAAUUCUGUUGCUGUAACGUUGUCAGUGAAUCUUUGUAUGCAACACAAAAUUGCAUAGUUAUACAUUUUUUUUUAAAGAGAAAAGUUAAAGAUCUUUGUGGUAGUUAACUCAUAACAUUUUCAUUUAAACUUUUACAUCAGUUACUUUUUUUAUAGGAAGCUACACAAAUAUUUUUGUACAGUCCGCAAGAGUAAUUGGAUAGUUAUUUAAACUGAAAUGAUAACAAUUAUUUUACCACUUUGUAUCUAUAGAUAUGUACAUAUUAAUCAAAGAUCAUAUGUAAAAUAGUUCUCUAAAGUAUUAUAUUUUAGAAGGAUGAUUUGUUAAGGCCUAGUUACGCACUGAUUUGAGCAAUACAGCCUGAAUAAUCAGACUUGUACCGUUUGAUAAAGUUUUUGGACCAAAUGUGGUAUGUACAUACAAUAUUCAUAUUAGAGAUGCACAUUAUAUUUACUGUUUUGGUUAGUAAAGUAUAUUAUUUCACAA